CUCUUAAGAGAGCUUUACGCUUAUUUCACCGCAGUGAAUAUUGAGCAGACGCCAAGUCCCGUACAUGCUGUUGGAAGCGAUCAUGAAAAACGGGAGCACGGCCGGGAAUGGCCCCUACUGCCGGAAGCCGGGCGCCGCCGGGGAGCAGAGCGGGCCCGCCGGGCCCCCGGAUCACUCGGCCGCCGGCCCGGAGGGCGGAAAGGGCUACUCCAAAGACCAGGUGGAAGGCGUCCUCAGCAUAAACAGAUGUAAAAAUUACUACGAAGUCCUUGGAGUCCCCAAAGAUGCUGGCGAUGAAGACUUGAAGAAAGCCUAUAGAAAACUGGCUCUGAAAUUUCAUCCGGACAAAAACCACGCCCCUGGAGCAACAGACGCUUUUAAAAAGAUCGGCAACGCUUACGGCGUCCUAAGCAAUCCGGAAAAACGAAAGCAGUACGACCUGACGGGCAGCGAGGAGCCGGCCUGCAGCCACCCGAACAACGGGAGAUUUAAUUUCCACAGGGGCUGCGAAGCCGACAUAACUCCGGAAGACUUGUUCAACAUAUUUUUCGGCGGCGGAUUUCCCUCAGGCAGCGUCCAUUCCUUCUCCAACGGGCGAGCCGGCUACAGUCAGCAACAGCAGCAGCACCGACACAGCGGGCACGAAAGAGAAGAAGAAAGAGGCGACGGAGGCUUCUCGGCGUUCAUCCAGUUGCUGCCCAUUAUCGUGUUGAUCCUCGUCUCUCUGUUGAGCCAGCUGAUGGUCUCUAAUCCUCCUUAUUCUUUAUAUCCCCGAUCCGGUUCGGGACAAACCAUUAAAAUGCGGACGGCCAACUUGGGCGUCGUGUAUUACGUCAGCAAAGACUUUAAAAGCGAAUACAAAGGAGCAUCGCUACAGAAAGUUGAAAAGAGUGUGGAAGAGGAUUAUCUGACUAACAUUCGGAAUAACUGUUGGAAAGAAAGACAGCAGAAAACAGACAUGCAGUACGCGGCCAAAGUCUAUCGCGACGAUCGGCUGCGACAGAAAGCGGAUUCCCUGAGCAUGGAAAACUGCAAAGAACUAGAACGGCUCACGAGCAUCUUCAGGGGAGGAUGAGAGGAGAAACGCCGAUUCCCGCCGUGCGACCCCUUUCAGUACGCUCUCUCUCUCCCUUUUUCUUUCUCUUUCUUUCCCUCUCUGUCUCUCUCCGUGUAAAUAAAGAAAUGUAGUUCCUCGUGAGAGGUGGAAAGAGAGCAGAUAGUAAGAUGAAAGCUGACUAGCUGAGGUCUAAAAUCCAUGCCGAAGCGCACCCCUUUCGUUCAACAGCCCCCCUCACCUAGUGCAGAGUCGAAAGCCGAAAAGUCCCGAUUUCCUCUUCACCUAAGUUUCUCCUAGUUUCGGUCCAGCAACUUAGCCGCGACUUAGUUUGAGUUGGAAAGUUUACAGCAGAAACACUAUAGCAGUCUGCGGACUUAGGAAUUCUUCCGUUGUGUAAAUAUUUAUGGGGGGGAGAAAAAGCAUUUUGUGUACAUACAAGUGACAGACUUUAUAUUUAAAAAUCUCCGAAGUUUCACUCUAAAGACAUAGAAUGAAUAUCAUAGGACUUUACUCCUCGGAUGUCAAGCGGGUGGAGUUUAAAUCAUGACAGGUGUUUUGUUUUUUUCCAACGGUUUAAUUUUGUGUGAAGUCUUCGAACUUUUCCCGUAUAGAGGACCUUGACCAUUUGAACGUAUGGCGGUGAACAUUCCUCAGUACAUGUUGGAAGAACGUGGAACUGGUGUACAGUAUCAGUUUGCCAUUUAGUUUUAUGAACUGCUAAGCAAUACGAUUUGGAAAAUUAGGGAUCUCGAGAGACGGGAUCGGAAAACUGUUGGGCAGACAGGAGAUACUCUUGAAAGUACUUGCAGUAUAUAACCACGACGGAUGUUUAGAAUAUUGAAAAUUUACUUCUCAAAAACUGAAAAGUAGCUCCUCAAAUAGCCCGAGCGUAAGCGGGUUUCAAGCUAUUUAAAAUUAGGAAAAGGGGAACCCAGAUUUGUUGGGUUUUUUUUAAUUUUGCUUGUUUUUUUUCCUCUCGUCUUUAAACUCUGUAGGCUUCCGUUUUAGUGCUCACGCUUACGUAAAAGGCAAUGAAUAUUUGUUUUGCCAGUGGGUGGUAAGAGAUGUUACUGCUGAAAUUUAAGCUAUGCGCCUUCAAACACGGUUGCCAGACACUGUGCUUGCAGGUGGAUUGCGGAGGUCUGCGGUCAGAAGGUAAUUUAGAGCAAGAUUGAAUCGAAGAUUUAAAUAAAGUCCAUCCUGCAAACCCCUGAGCUGAAUCCCUUCACCCCUCAAUAGCAUGAGCCUGCCGGUGUCAAAGGACCAGAGGAAGAAUGUGGAGAGAAAUUUGUCUUCUAGAGUGUAGGCUCCCUCUAGACUGUAAGCUUGUCAUGGGCAGGGAAUGUAUUGUGCUCUCCCAAGCGCUUAGUGUACAGUGCUUUGCCCACAGUAAGCGCUCAAUUGAUAAAGAUUGAAUUGAAUUCAGAGGGCCAAGUCAGCAGACACUUACAGACACUUUGGGGAAAUCCCAUUAAGUAGUUUCACUAUGGGCAGGGAGAGCACGUCUCCCUAUUCUUGGUCCUCUCCCAUAUGACUCCAGAAAUAAUCCCGUUAUAAUCAAAUUCCCACAGGAGAAAAAGUUUCCAAGUGGUUAGGCAGCCAAGUGGUCGGGUUCCUAAAUAGGGAGAUUUUUGAUUCCACGCAGCCAGUUUAAAGGAUGCCACGUUUUCCUCGUCUUUUGGCUUUUGCAUCACGGUAACUGUUAGACGCUUACUAUGUGCCCAGGCGGGCACUGUACUGACUGCUGGAGUAGGUACGGGCCAGUCAGGUCAGA